AAGUUAGAUGUCUAUUCUCUAAGAUUUUAUUCACUCAGUAAAUAUGAAGAUUCUCACUGAAAUACUACUUCUUGCCUUCGCGGGAUUCCUGAAUUUGAAACAUGCAGGUGGACAACCGGAUUGGCGUGAACUGCACCACUUGCCGGUAGGACGCGUUAUGUUGACAAUGAAUGACCGCUGUAUACAUAUUGGACGUCGUCGUCUUUUGGAAUGCAGCCCAAUGGAGAGGAUCCCCUUAUAUAUGCUAAAUAUAAAUAUGAACCCUCAUCAUUAUCACGUUGAUGUAUAUCUAGGAAACAGACAUUUUGCUACAUAUCUCCUAGUACCACAACUCAUUAGUUUCACACAUGUUCCUGCUAAUCAUACUCCAAAGAAUGCUCAUAUGAAUAUAGGAAAUGGCGAAUUUUAUUUAGCUGACCAGUUUGAACCGUACGACUUGAAUACCCAUCCACAUCAUUAUGCAAACGAAAAUUCCCCUGGUAAAUAUCCAGCCACUGAUCAUAUAUACGUAACAACACCAGGAGGAAUUCACAAGGUGUAUAGUUCAUCUUUACGUCGCCUCUCGAAUACAGGGGAAGAUCAUUCAUAUUCUGGAACAUCUCACGUGCUUAACAUGAUACGUUAGACAAGUCAAGCGAUUUCCUAUGGUGUAAAAUUUCGACUUACAGUAGAUAUUUUCAAGAUAUCUCAAGAUAUCCUCAGAAUAUCUCAUUGGCGUCUAUGAUUUAUAUGCCGAGGAUGGGUCGUAAAUUUAGAUAUGCAUUGAUCUACA